CCGAGGGGUGGGCCGCCGCCGCCGCAGACGAUGCCGCGGGGCCGCCCCCCGAAGCCCAAGGAGAGCAAGGCGCGCGGCGACACCGAUGGAGUUUUAACAUUGAAUGCGGAGAACACUAAUUAUGCCUAUCAAGUUCCAAAUUUCCAUAAAUGUGAAAUCUGUCUACUGUCUUUUCCAAAAGAGUCCCAGUUUCAACGCCACAUGAGGGAUCACGAGCGAAAUGACAAGCCACAUCGCUGUGACCAGUGUCCCCAGACAUUCAAUGUUGAAUUCAACCUGACGCUGCACAGAUGUACCCACAAUGGGGAGGACCCAACCUGUCCUGUGUGCAACAAGAAGUUCUCCAGAGUGGCCAGCCUCAAAGCGCACAUCAUGCUACAUGAGAAGGAGGAGAACCUCAUCUGCUCCGAGUGUGGGGAUGAGUUCACUCUGCAGAGCCAACUGGCCCUGCACAUGGAGGAGCACCGCCAGGAGCUGGCUGGGGGCCGGGCCCACACCUGCAAGGCCUGCAGGAAGGAGUUCGAGACGGCAGCGCAGCUGAAGGAGCACAUGAAGAAUCAUUACAAAAUUAGGAUGUCAAGUACGAGGUCAUACAAUCGGAAUGUCGACAGGAGUGGAUUCACGUACUCGUGCCCGCACUGUGGAAAGACGUUUCAGAAGCCCAGCCAGCUCACUCGACACAUCAGGAUACACACAGGUGAAAGACCCUUUAAGUGCAGUGAAUGCGGAAAAGCCUUUAACCAGAAGGGGGCAUUGCAGACCCACAUGAUCAAACACACAGGUGAAAAGCCCCAUGCCUGUGCCUUUUGUCCUGCUGCCUUUUCUCAGAAGGGGAACCUGCAAUCUCACGUGCAGAGAGUGCACUCGGAGGUCAAGAAUGGCCCUACCUAUAAUUGUACAGAAUGUAGCUGUGUAUUUAAAAGUUUAGGUAGCUUAAACACUCAUAUCAGCAAGAUGCAUAUGGGUGGGCCACAGAACUCCACGAGCUCUGCAGAGACUGCUCAUGUUUUAACGGCCACGCUGUUUCAGACUUUACCUCUUCAGCAGACGGAAGCCCAGGUCCCAUCAGCUGUGAGCCAGCAGAGCUCACAGGCGGUGACUGACGUCAUCCAGCAGCUGCUGGAGCUGUCAGAGCCUGUGGAGUCUAGCCCGGUGCCCCCUCCAGGCCAGCCGCUCAGCAUCACCGUGGGCAUCAGCCAGGACAUCCUGCAGCAAGCCUUAGAAAACAGUGGGCUGUCUUCAAUUCCAGCUGCAGCACACCCCAGCGACGCCAGCCACCCCAAGAGUUCCACCGUGCAGGGUCAGGACCCGGACCUUCCCGACGUGCCCAGUGAGCCAACUGACCCUGUAGAUGCAGAGCCGGAGAAAGAACAGGAGAGCCCAGAGAAGCCGGACAAAAGGGAGAAGAAGCUGAUAAAGAAGAAAUCACCAUUUCUACCUGGGUCCAUCCGCGAGGAGAACGGGGUCCGGUGGCACGUGUGUCCCUACUGCACCAAGGAGUUCCGGAAGCCCAGUGACCUCGUGCGCCACAUCCGCAUUCACACGCAUGAGAAGCCUUUCAAGUGCCCGCAGUGCUUCCGGGCCUUUGCGGUGAAGAGCACCCUGACUGCGCACAUAAAGACGCACACGGGCAUCAAGGCCUUCAAGUGCCAGUACUGCCUGAAGAGCUUCUCCACAUCCGGGAGCCUCAAAGUGCACAUCCGCCUGCACACAGGAGUCAGACCUUUUGCUUGUCCUCACUGUGACAAAAAGUUCCGGACCUCAGGCCACAGGAAGACACACAUAGCCUCCCACUUUAAACACUCGGAGCUGAGAAAGAUGAGGCACCAGCGGAAACCCGCCAAGGUUCGUGUGGGCAAGGCCAGCGCUCCAGUCCCUGACAUUCCAUUGCAAGAGCCAAUCCUCAUAACCGACGUAGGUCUUAUCCAGCCCAUUCCAAGAAACCAGUUUUUUCAAAGCUAUUUUAAUAAUAAUUUUGUAAAUGAAGCAGAUAGACCGUACAAGUGUUUUUACUGUCAUCGUGCAUAUAAAAAAUCUUGCCACCUUAAGCAGCACAUCAGAUCGCACACAGGUGAGAAGCCGUUUAAAUGCUCUCAGUGUGGAAGAGGCUUUGUUUCUGCAGGAGUGCUCAAAGCACACAUUCGAACACACACGGGACUGAAGUCAUUUAAGUGUCUGAUCUGUAACGGAGCUUUCACCACUGGUGGCAGCUUGCGGCGGCACAUGGGCAUCCACAAUGACCUGCGGCCCUACAUGUGUCCCUACUGCCAGAAGACCUUUAAGACCUCCCUGAACUGCAAAAAGCACAUGAAAACGCAUCGCUACGAGCUUGCUCAGCAGCUACAGCAGCACCAAGAAGCCGCCUCGCUCGACGGCAGUGCCGUGGACCAGCAGGGUGUGCACGUGGCCACUCAGAUGCAGGUGGAGGUCCAGAGUGACGAGCUGCAGCCGCCUGUGGACGCGGUCACUGCAAACCCCGAUGCCAUGCUUGACCUGGAGCCUCAGCAUGUCGUGGGCGCGGAAGACACGGGGUUGGGCCAGCAAUUGGCAGAGCCGCCUCUGGAGGCAGAUGAAGACAGGUUUGUGGCUCCGCAGCUACCAGGGCACAUGGACCAGUUUGAAGAGCAGGCUCCUCCGCAGCAGUCCUUCGAACCAGCUGGCUUAUCACAGGAUUUUACAGUACCUGAUACAUACAGUCAGCAGACUCAGUUUCCACCUGUGCAGCAGCUACAGGAUUCUAGUACACUGGAGUCUCAGGCCCUGUCCACAACUUUCCACGAGCAGAACCUACUUCCGGUUCCCAGCUCUGAUCCUAUGAACGUGACAGCUCCUUUGAUUCAAGAGCCAUCCCAAGAGGAGCUCGAUCUGCCGCCACCACGCCGCCAGUUCCUGGAGGACAGUGAGGACCAGAGCCGGCGCUCCUACAGAUGCGAGUAUUGCCACAAGGGCUUUAAGAAGUCCAGCCACCUGAAGCAGCAUGUGCGCUCACACACGGGGGAGAAACCUUACAAGUGCAAGCUCUGUGGCCGCGGCUUCGUCUCCUCCGGGGUCCUCAAGUCCCAUGAGAAGACACACACAGGAGUGAAGGCGUUCAGCUGCAGUGUUUGCAACACUUCGUUCACUACCAACGGCAGCCUCACCAGGCACAUGGCGACACACAUGAGCUUGAAGCCUUACAAAUGUCCGUUCUGUGAGCAGAGCUUCCGGACCACAGUCCACUGCAAAAAACACAUGAGGAGGCACCAGGCAGGUCCCUCCGCCACAUCAGCGCCUGGAGAGGCUGAGGGAGGAGGAGAUAUAUGCAUGGAGGAAGAAGAAGAAAAUUCUGAAAGAAACGCAUCUAGAAAGGUGCGUCCUGAGGUCAUCACUUUCACUGAGGAGGAGACAGCGCAGUUAGCCAAAAUCCAGCCCCAGGAAAGCGCCACAGUGUCAGAGCAGGUGCUGGUGCAGUCGGCUGCCGAGAAGGACCGCAUCAGCGAGAUGAAGGACCGGCAGGCCGAGCUGGAGGCUGAGCCCAGGUUCGCCAACUGCUGCUCCUACUGUCCCAAGAGCUUUAAGAAGCCCAGCGACCUAGUCAGGCAUGUUCGAAUCCACACGGGAGAAAAGCCAUACAGAUGUGACGAAUGUGGGAAGAGCUUCACUGUGAAGUCCACCCUGGAUUGCCACGUGAAGACUCACACAGGUCAAAAGCUCUUCAGCUGCCACGUCUGCAGUAACGCCUUCUCUACCAAGGGGAGUCUGAAGGUCCACAUGCGCUUGCACACUGGAGCCAAGCCCUUCAAGUGUCCACACUGCGAGUUGCGCUUCCGCACGUCUGGCCGGAGGAAGACUCACAUGCAGUUUCACUACAAGCCUGACCCCAAGAAAGCCAGGAAGUCUACACCACGCAGUGCGCCCGAGGGGCUGCAGCCCGCCAGCCUGCUGAGCCCGGCCUCUGCUGACCCGAAUUUGCUGAUCAUGAACAACUCGGUUCUGACUGGCCAGUUUGAUCCAAACCUGCUUCAGCCAGGACUAGUGAGCCAGGCCGUCCUCCCUGGCUCUGUGUCAGGUGGCAGUGACUGGACAGUGUCUCUGACGGAUGGGAGCCUGGCCGCCCUGGAAGGUAUCCAGUUACAGCUGGCCGCUAACUUGGUUGGGCCUAAUGUUCAAAUUUCUGGAAUUGACACCUCUGGCAUUAACAACAUCACAUUACAGAUUGACCCAGGAGUCUUGCAGCAAAGCUUACAGCCCACCAACCUGCUUGCUCAGCAACUGACGGGGGAGCCGGGCUCGGCCUCACACAACAGCUCCCUUCAGACAGCGGACAGCACGGUCCCAGCCAGUGUGGUCAUCCAGCCCAUCUCAGGCCUGUCCUUACAGCCCACGGUGACCUCUGCCAACCUGACCAUCAGCUCGAUGUCGGAGCAGGACUCUGUGCUGACCACCAGCAGCAGUGGGACUCAAGACCUCGCUCAAGUGAUGCCAUCGCCAGGCCUGGUGUCCACCUCCAGUGGCCCCCACGAGAUCACUCUGACCAUCAACAACUCUAGUCUCAGCCAGGUCUUGGCACAGGCUGCUGGGCCCACCACGUCGUCCUCGGGGUCCCCGCAGGAAAUCACCCUGACCAUCUCUGGUCAAGAUCUUAUUCAGCACAGUUCUGGUGGAAGCAGUGAGCUAAACGGGACAAUAAGAUUGUCCGGGGCCACAGUCAAUAAUCAGUCUGCAGGUGCCACCCUGACAAUCAGCAAUGACCAGCUUCUCACGCAGAGUGCAGCAUUGACCUCUUCAGAACUCAGCACUGCAGCCAGCAGCCUUUCUUCCACGGCUCCCGCGUCCCCAUCGGCCCUCUCUGCUCAGAACCUGGUAAUGUCUUCGUCAGGAGUGGGAGGCGAGGCCAGUGUCACCCUCACUCUGGCUGACACUCAGGGCUUGCUCUCAGGAGGACUGGACACGGUCACACUCAACAUCGCUUCUCAGGGUCAGCAGUUCCCAGCCUUGCUCACCGAUCCCUCCCUCUCAGGCCACGGAGGAGCAGGCUCGCCACAGGUCAUCUUGGUGAGCCAUACCCCACAGCCAGGGUCCACUGCUUGUGAAGAGAUCGCCUACCAGGUAACUGACGUCUCUGCUCACCUGGCCCCGGGCAGCCAGCCUGAGAAGGAGGGCCGGCAGCACCCAUGCGUGGAGUGUGGCCGCAGCUUCACAUCGUCCGCACUGCUGCUGCACCACAGCAAGGACGCGCACGGCCGGGAGCGCAUCCACGUGUGCCCCGUGUGCAGCAAGGCCUUCAAGCGGGCCACCCACCUCAAGGAGCACAUGCAGACACACCAAGCUGGCCCUUCCCUAAGCUCGCAGAAGCCCAGAGUGUUUAAAUGCGACACCUGUGAGAAGGCCUUUGCCAAACCAAGCCAGCUGGAGCGCCACAGCCGCAUCCACACAGGGGAGCGGCCCUUCCACUGCACGCUGUGCGAGAAGGCCUUCAACCAGAAGAGCGCGCUGCAGGUGCACAUGAAGAAGCACACGGGCGAGCGGCCCUACAAGUGCGACUACUGCGUCAUGGGCUUCACCCAGAAGAGCAACAUGAAGCUCCACAUGAAGCGGGCGCACAGCUACACUGGAGCCUUGCAGGAAUCCACAGGCCCCCAGGAGCAGGGCACCGAGGAGCUGAGCCAGACCCUGCAUCUGGAAGAGGUGGUGCCUGAGGCCGCCGGCGAGUGGCAGGCACUGGCCAACGUCUUCUGAGCAGCCCAUGGCACCCUGGGACAUCUCUGAGGUUCUGUGCUGUGCAGAACGAAGCACUUGGAAUUUCUGUUUUGAAGCUUCAAGUGUUAAACAUGUUACCACAGUAGGUUUUUAGCUAUAAAAUUAUCUAAAGAAUCAUUGUCUUUCAGAGACUUAGGAAAAAAAACGGGGAAAUGUAACCGCAUUGUUCUCAUUUGUCUACAAAUCACUGAACUCAGGUACGCAACAGGCAGUUUCACCCUCUGCUCCGUGACCAGUGCGUUUAGUUACACACAAAUUAACUGGAUCUUACUAUCAUUGUAGUGUGAUUUCUUUGUAUUACAAAGAUAAGUUAACAUGGAAAAGGUCAUAUUUUCCUUCAUGCUUUAUGUUCUAAUAAGCAUAGCUUAUAAAACAAAUGUCAGAUAGGUGCACAAAGUCUAAAAAAAAUGUUAGACUACACAGGGAAGUUCCUUUUCUCUGUGCAUUUUGAAGAUAGUAGAACUGACUCUUUUUAGUCUGUAAGUUAAUAGAACUAGUAUCUUGAGAAAUGGCUGGACCAGUUCUCUCUGCAUUAAAAUAUCUAAUCAUUAGUUAUAAGAAGGCAGCCUCUGAGCGUAAACCUGGGGAGCAGAGUAAACCCGACACACGGACGAGGACGACUCGGUCCGCACGUGACGCUGCCCUGCCUCACCAGCGACAAGCAGGUCCACGGGCCAGAUGGUGGCAGAAAGUACAAGCCCUCUGUUGCCAACAGAAAGUGAGAGAGGAGGUUGGCCCUGCUCACCGCGACAUUAGGUACUUCUGUAGUCGACGGGCAAGAGCCCUCCUGAGCCCGUGUUUUCCUCCUCGUGCAUCAGCAGGUGUGUUUUUAUUUCAGGGAAUUCUUGUCUCAUCAAUGGUGCCACAUUCAACAUGUCCCACACCAAGCCCCCCGUGCCGGGGCGGCGUGUCCUUCCUGCAGCAUUCCAAAGAUGGAAAGUUCUCUCUCCAUGUGAAUUUCCCCUUUGAAGUUAUUUAUAUGUUCUAUAUAUAAGUGCAUAUGUACAUACAGAUAUAUGGGCCUCUGUGUGGCUGAACAGUAUAUUUUGUAAAUAUAAGCACUCGUCCCCAUUACAGAGAGAGCGUCAGCGCUUUUACCUCCCUGUGAGCACUUCAGACCAGUAUUGUGUUCAUUUUAUUAAUAAAUGGGUCUCUUUUUCAUUGUAACAUAGAGCUGGGCUGUUUUUAUUUUUCUGAAAAAUAACUGCCUUUAUGUUCUCUCAUUUCUUCUCUGGUUUCAGAGGGCAGUUUUAUUAUACUGUAAAUAGUGUACGGACUUUGUAUAUUAAGAGAGGAACCCGUUUCAGGUUCCUGAAAAAAAAGAGACAUUUCACUCUUAUUUUUUUGAAAGGGCAUCUUUUGAUUUUUUUGUUUUUGUUCACUUUUGGAUGUGUAUAUAAGUAAUAUGGUGAUAUAAAAGCUUUUGUUAUGUGAAAAUAUUUAAGUCAGAAAACUGUUAAAUAAUAUUACUUUUUUUUCAAACUGUUGUGUAUUGUAUAUUUUUUUAAGGGGAAAAAGCCUUAUUUGACUUAUUCUUGUGAUGCUGGACUUAUUAUAUAUCUUGAGAUUUUCCUUGAAUGUUGGUGUGUGUACCUGGCUGUAGUCAGUGUAUUCAGAAUAAUGUAAUUUUGCCAGAGUUUUAAAGGUUCUGCUUCUAAUGCACUUUCUUUUAUAAUUUUGUAUUAAAAUAUUUUAGAAAUGUUCAUUAAUUUUGGUAAACAAAAAUCCCAAGUUGCAAUUAUUGGAAUUUAAAAAAUGUUGGUUCUUGCUAGUUUAUUUAUUUUGUUUUUAGCAUUAAAUGUCAUCUCAGGACAAUCUCUA